AUGACAGAGAACGAGCCAGAGCCAGAACAAGGACGCCAAUCGAAACGAGAACUUGUAGGCUCUUUUUUCAAGGGUCAAGCAUUGAAGGGCAAACUUCUAAUUCAGCAAUCCCUCGGGCUGGGCGCUCGACCAAAUGUCAUUCCUCCAGGUGAAGCCUCUGUGAGCGGAGAUCUGCGCGUGGUUCAAAUAGGAUGGCAUCCUGUUGCAGGGUUGGGCGGCAAAUGGUUCGCCGAGCAGACGGGACUAGGCAAGAUGAUCACCAAGAAGAUUAAUCACUACCCGGACCCCACUCAACACUGGGCAGUUCUGGUAGAAGACUACGUCCACCAGUUAUGGAUGGACGAACAUUUGGAUAUCAUUUACACAAAUGAAAGGCUGAAACCAGCGGAGUGGCACACCUUCGUUGUCGGCAAGACAAGGUUCAAUGACGAAGCGCUAAGACAAGCAAGUGAGAUGACGAUACACCGGAUGCGUACGAAGCGACCAGCCUACAAUCUCAUAAGCAACAAUUGCCAGAAUUUCGCGCUGGAGCUGCUCAAUGUCAUUCAGAUUGGUGCACAUCGCCAGUUUGCGAGCACCUUCGCCAUCUACCAGAGAGCGACAGGCAAAGGCUCCAUCGAGGACUUGUUCGACGACAAACACCCCGAGGAGCAGCAGCAGAAUGAAGCGGAAGAACAAAAGACUGAUGACUUGAAUCGGCCACCAAGCCUGCAGUAUACUAGCGCCAUGCAGACCGCGCAGCAGGUUAUGGAUGAGCAGACGACGAAGUUGGACCGACAUCAUCACAGCUCUCCUGACUGA